AUGCGGCACAUAUCCUGGAUUUUCGCAUUUGGUCUAGCUCAGGCUGAUGAGCCCAACAUCAUUCGCUUUCCAGACAUUGCGGGCUUGAUCCACAACUGGCAGUCGGCUCGACAAAACGCGCCGCGGCGAACCAUCGCCCAGAUGCUGUUCGGGUUUGCAGGUAACCCGGAGCCAAUCACGUCUGACUCGGCGGCUAGCGAUUACAGCGUAAAUGACCGCGGACAAUUUUUAGACGUGGACUCGUUCGCGAACGCCAUCACCGACCAGCUGGGCGUUCCGCUGGCGCUGUCGACGAGACUGGCGGAGCUGAACCAUAACUUUGGCAAACAACUUCUGUUGGUGAAUGCGGCGAUAGGGGAUUGGUUGUCCGAGAUAGAGCAGCAGUUGCCGAUAGGGUAUAUCUCGUCGGGUGAGAUGGUUGAUGCUGUGGGCAGUGGUGAUCGUGGUGUUGUACCAUUAGUGUUUCCGGCAAUAGGGGGUAUAAUUGAGAACAUGGUGAAUGUGAUGACAGCUCCGUUCCGCGCGCCCCGGAGUGAGUUAGAUUCAGUGAACGAGUUGGUGCGCUUUUUAUCUCCAGUGGUGUUGACUUAA